UGGAGGGUCAGCUGAUCUUGGAAUGUACGAGUUACAAAACAGUGGGACAAGGGAGCUUUAACAGUGUCCGCCUCGGAACGCACACAGCUGAUCAAGUUGUAACAAUCUGAAUUUCAGACGCCACAUUUUCUCAGUGAGGAUUGUUGUCACCAGAAUAUGCUAUUCAAUGGAUCCCGCUCCAGCCACAGCGCCGGUGCCAAACGACUGUGAGACAGAGUCAAGUUCAGUGUGGCGCUGGUGGCCCUCCUGGCGUCCAACCUCCAUGUCCCUGUUGAAGAGCACAGAGGCGAAGAUCCUUGCCUGUAUUCAGAAUGACCUGUGGGCCAGGUUUGUGACCCUCUCCAACCAAGACCGGAUAUGGACUCUCACCCUCACCAAAAAAAUGGUCCGCAAGCCUGUAGAGCAAGUUCCUAAGACUCCUCUGGUAAUGGUCCACGGUUUCGGAGGAGGGGUAGGCCUGUGGAUCAGGAACCUGGACGUGCUGAGCAGAUCGCGGCCGGUGUACGCCUUUGACCUCCUGGGCUUCGGCCGGAGCUCCAGGCCCCCGUUCCCCACGGACCCUGUCCAGGCAGAGGAGCAGUUUGUCAACUCCAUCGAGCAGUGGAGAGAGUCUGUCGGCCUGGAGAACAUGAUUCUGCUGGGCCACAGCCUGGGAGGAUACCUCGCUACCUCUUAUGCCAUCCAGUACCCUUCAAGGGUGUCCCACCUCAUCCUGGUUGACCCAUGGGGUUUCCCCGAACGACCCCAGGCGGAGGCGGAGAGCCAGGGAAGCCCAGGUCAGGGGGCAGAGGUGGUGAAGAGGCCGCCCCUUCCCCGCUGGGUGAAGGCUGUAGCUGCAGUGGUUUCCUUCUUCAACCCGCUGGCUGUCAUCAGAGCGGCAGGCCCAUGGGGUCCAGGCUUGGUGAACAGAUUCCGUCCCGACUUCAGGAGGAAAUUUGAGGAUCUAUUUGACGAUGACACCAUGACGCAGUACAUCUACCACUGUAAUGCCCAGAACCCAAGUGGUGAGGUGGGCUUCAGGGCCAUGUCGGAGUCUCUGGGCUGGGCCAAGAGGCCCAUGCUGCAGCGGGUUGAUCAGCUGCCCCGUUCCAUGCCCCUCACCAUGCUGUACGGAGCACGGUCCUGGGUGGACAGCUCCUCCGGGAUCAAAGUGGCCCACAUCAGGAGUCAGGCCUACACCAAGGUGCUGUUAGUAAAUGAAGCCUCUCACCAUGUCUAUGCUGACCAGCCAGAGGAGUUCAACAAAGUGGUUGAAAAUAUCUGUAACUCUGUAGACUGAGUGUGUGUGUGUGUGUGUGUGUGUGUGUGUGUGUGUGUGUGUGUAAGCAUGUAUUCAGUUCAGAGAGAGUAUACAGUGCAAGUAUGCAUUGAUCUGGAUCGGACAUGUACACACAAGGACUGCAAUUACAUACAGAAUCCACAAAGGUGUGUAACAGUGCACGUGGCACACUGAAUGACAAUGAUUUUAUAUGAUGAAGUAUUUGAUAAAAUGUUCGGACAACACAAGGUUCAAUGUGCAAAUGUAAAUAGUUUGAUAUGCUAUGAGUCGACUGGUCAACGGAUUUCUCAACUAUUCACUAAGUUCACUGGAAGCUAAGCUGUUUGAACUAUUAUUGUAAAAUGUUAUAUUCUCAUUUGUUCUAUGAUUUGUGAUUUGUUUCAAUGCAUUAUUAUUGAUUUAUAAAUAUUUAUUUAUAAUAAAUGAUUGUAUGUGUUAUUUGUUAAUGGGUUUCCAGGGUCUUAAAUUAACUCUAGUAUUUUUUUGUGUUAAUGAAACUGUGUAUUGUUACAUUUCUGAGUUUUAACACAUGCACACGUCGGCUUUAGUAUCUUUGUGGGGACAUUGUAUUGACUUACAUUCAUUAAUUACAGCCUUUCCCUAAUCUUAGCCAGCUUAUAGUCAGCUUAUGUUGAACCCUAACCUUAACCCUAACCCUAAUUCUAACCUUAACCAAUAACCCAAAAUUAGCCUUUUUUCCUUAUUGAGCACCAUCCAAAAUGUCCUCUCAGAACGGGUUGUUUCUCAAUAGUGUCCUCACAAGUAAAGCACAUCAAGCCCACACACACUCUCACACGUACUGGAUGUAAGUGUGCUUGAGUAGCUACAUUGCCUCAAAAUCACGGUUUUAACAUGUGCCUGAGUUUGAACACUACAGUGCUCUGUAUGUUAUUGUAAUAAUUUUUCUGGCCUCUCCUUUGGUCUAACGUUCAGGUGGUCAGCCGAUGUAUCAAACUGUUGUCUGUAUUUUAUACCAUCAAGUUAAUAAAAAUUAAGCCGGAUG